GUCGGGGCAACAGGAACUGCUGCGCGUCAAACGCGGAAAGAAGAAGAAGAAAACAGCCGAAAUAUAGCGUCAGGAAGACGGAUACACAUUACGAUAAACACAGCGGCGGGAAAACGACGCAAAGACACAACAUGCCGAAGAAGAAAGACAUCGUUAAAAGUGGCGCUCCAAUCCCUAGAAUUCGAGAAAACUCGAGACUAAUGCGCACACAUGAAAGUAUGGUAGAUUUCAUAAAUGGACGUCAUCCUGGGAGCUCCAUCCUGGACGUCUUCGCCUCUGGUUUAUUAGGUUUAGAUUUUUUAAGGAACUUUGAGGAUGACAUAUAUUCAGAUGAAGAUGACGAUGAAGAUGAUGAUCACUUUUAUCCUUACAAUGCUGCUCGCAAGGUGUUAGAGCCUCAUCCUCGAAUAAAACAGCUCACUGACGAGGAGGCUGAUAGACAUGCAAAGGAAUUGAUAGAAGAAGAGGAAAGGCGAAAGGAGAAAACUGAGAAGAACAAGCGUAAGAAAUUGCGUAAGAAAGAAAAGAAGCGGUUAGAAAAGGAGAAUGCAGUUAAAGACAUUUUACCUGAGGAAGAACAAGGGAAGUCAGACUCCUCAGAAAAUCAGGAAGAAAACUCUGUUAUUGAAAGUAAUGCAGAAGAAAAGAAAAAUCCUGAAUCAGGUGAAACACAAAAUGGAACUGAGGCGUCUGGAUGUGACGAGAACAGCUGUAAUAAUAAAGAAGAAAGUGUUGCAGAAAUUGAGAAAGAAGAAGAACAAAAGCAGGAUUUGGAUUUAAAUAAUUCACAUGCUUCUAAAACCAAUUCGGUGCCUAAGGAGACGUGUAACCAGAGGCCUGCCAGAGAGAGGAAAAAGGAAAAAACUAAAUCAGUAGAAGUUCAGCAGUCCAAGGAGGAAAAGCCAAAAGUUGUGGAGAAACCUGAAGUUCAAAUGAAGAAGGAAGAGAUUCAUGAACCCAAUAACGAGCAGACAGUGGAUCCCACUGUAGAGGAGUUUGCAAAAAGAAGCAGAGAGCUCGCUGGUAUGGGAAAUCGUUUGGCUGCCUCGGGACAGUACGAGAUGGCAGUGAAAUGCUUUACUGACGCCAUUAAAUACAACCCAAAGGAAUUUAAGUUAUUUGGAAAUCGAUCCCUCUGUUAUGAAAGAAUGCAGCAGUAUGAAAAUGCUCUCAGGGAUGCUGACGUAGCGCUCUCCAUGGAGCCAGACUGGAUAAAGGGUUUAUUUAGGAAAGGGAAAGCUCUGUGUGGGCUCAAGAGAUACUACGAGGCCUCGCUGAUCUACAGGGAGGUGUUGAAGCUGGAGAAGUCGAGCGCUGAAGCCAUGCAGGAGCUGAAACGAGCGCAGACGUUACACCUCAUGGAAAUGGGCUUCUCGUGGGCGCAGAGCUCUGAGGCGCUUAAAACACACGUCACUUUAGAAGAAGCUGUCGAAGCUCUGUUUGGUGGUGACAGUAAUCUGGGUGCUGCAGAUGCCAGUGCCAGUAGGGACAACGUAGAACAACCGGUGGUGCAGGAAGAAGACGACGAUGAGGGAGAGUGGAUCGUCUUACAAGCAAGUCGUCCUCGAACGCAGCAGGUCAAAGAGUCUGAUGCUUGUGGACAGAGCAGGUCGAAAUCUCAGUCGCCGACGCCUCAUUCAAAGAGUUCUGUCAAACCGGAGCUUUUCCCCGUUUGGGUCGGAUCUUUGGCUCCUGCUGUCACCUACUCAACGCUCCACGAGCUCUUCAGCAGAGCUGGGACGGUCUACAGCAUCAAGAUGCUGCUGGAACACCAGUGUGCCUUCGUCAACUACACCAGGAAGGAGGACAGUGACCGAGCCAUCCAGUGUAUCAACGGGAUGGUGGUGGAGGGCGCGCCGCUCUCUGUCAGAUAUCCAAACAGAUUCCACAAUGGACUCGGUGCGUCCAGAUCGGCCGCCACUGACCCCUUUCCACGUUCCGGGCCGUACAAGAAGGAGUGCUUUUUCUGGAGGACGACGGGCUGCACAAGGUCGGACUGUACCUACAGACACGUGCCAGAGCACAAGAACAUCGACAAGGACAAAUUCACCAGUAGGCUGGGAAACUUUCACAUGUAGGAGAAUAAAAAGACGAGCAUGUGUUGUUUCCUUUGACAGGCGACACAGUGGUGGAGCCAAACUGUUGAUAGUCGCCUCUGUUCAGUCUGGUUUGGGUUCUGGUGAUUUUUGGAGAUGUCUGCACCGUGACGGCCCACCACUGUUGCACCAACACAAAGGAAACAACCUCCAUUAUACUACUGC